CUGUUUGAAAGCCGUUUAUGGAAAAAGGCCCUUGAAGCAAGGCCUUCAGCGAGGGGCUGAAGAGCACAGUGGCUGAGGGGAGGAGGUGGCUUGGAGACUGUGCAGAGUAAACAAUGGAGUCAGACAUAGAAGGGAAUGAACAUUUUAAAAGCCAGUUUAAGGCUUAUCAAGAACAACAGCAAAGGCGGCUGCAAAAUCUAAUGGAGAGGAAGAAGGAAAAGCAGAACAGUCAGAAAGGUGAUAAUGGCAACGCAAAGGAGGCUUUCAGAAUCCCAAAUGAUCUAAACCUGUUUGAAACAGAACAACCUGUAAAUGAAGAUGACGGCAAAAGGUUGCUUGAGGCUGAGAACGAGCAGCUCCAGGACCAGCUUCGAGAGGUCCGAGAUGAGAACUGCAGACUAUACAAACUUGUGACAGAGAAAGAUUUUGAAAUAAAGCAACUCCAGAAAAAAAUACAGGAGGACAGAUUGGCUUUGUCGGGGGCGUCUGGUUUAGCUGGAGAUGUUGCAGCAACUAAAAUAGUUGAAUUGGCCAAGAAGAAUCGUGAGAUAACUGCCGAGACUGAGAGUGAAAAAGCCAAAGUGAAGCAACUGAAUAACAAAGUCAAAGAGCUGGAGAAAGAACUACAGACAGCCGUAGAAAAAAUACAUUCUCUUGGUGGUGGUGAUGCAGGAAUCAAGCAAUCAACUCUGAAGACGAUAGAAGGAAACUUGGCUGAAAGUCCAGAGGUGAAAGCGUUGCAAGAAAAAUUAACCACAGCCAACUUUAAAGUGAUGGAGUAUCGUAACCAACUCCAGUCUGCAAAACAGGAACUGAAGAUGACCCAAAAGCUUUUAGCAAAUGAAGUUGGUGAAGAUGUGAAUGUUCAAAGUCUCUUGACCAAUUCUGGCAGCUGGCGUGGACGAGCCCAGCAAAUUCUUGUUCUCCAAAGCAAGGUUCGAGAGCUGGAGAAUCAGUUGGGUCAAAACAAGACCAGAACAUCACUGAGUGAGAUUGAUGAGGAACUGCUGGCCCUUAUGGAUCCAAGGAAAUUGUCAGCCCAAGAGAAGAACUUGCUGAAGAUUCGCAGCUUGGAAAAAGAAAAGAAAGAAACUUUGGAGAAACUCACUGGGGAACAUGAUGCUCUCCAAAAAAGUCAUGAGGAAGUGAAAAAAAAACUUGAUGCAUCAAAAGCCAGGAACAAAGUACUGUGCAGCGAAGUGAAAACCCUGAAGGGACAGAUCGUAACCUUGCUGGAGAAAGGAAAACACGACGAUGAGCUCAUAGACGCCUUACUGAGCCAGCAGAAGCAAAUGCAGGAGAUCUUAAAGCACCUGAGCCAGCAGGAUGAGAAGAACAAGGAGUCCCAGCAGAUGCUAGGGCAGCACUUGAACAGUGAGGUUCAGAAACAAAACUGCCUUAUAGAGCAGCUCAGACAGAUGGUGGCUGAACGAGAAGCAAAGGUUAAAGAGCUGGAAGAGGAGAUUGAGCGACUCACACUUCAGAAGAAAUCUGCCCAUCAAGGGGACGGUUCAGGAGCUGCUGAUACACCACCUUCUGAGCACUCAGAAAAUCCAGGUUUUACUCUGCUUAAGCCUCUGGCAUCAGGCAGCAAUCAGGUUGGAAGGACUGGAUCUGCUCGGACAGUGUCCAAGAUGGGCCAUACGCUUGUAGAGUCUGCAGCUACUAAGCCUUCCCUUCUCAGUAAUAACAUCACACCUGGAAGGCUUGCUGGCACUGACAGCCUGGAUUUGAAAGUGCUGCAGACACAAAUCACAGAGCACAAGGCUCUCUGCCAGGCUGCUGAAGUGGAAAGAGACAGGCUCCUGGAACUGGUCACUGUGCUGCAGAAAAGGGUGGAGGAAGGCAGCGAUAAAGUCCUGGAAGCUGAGAAGAGGCUUCAGGAAGAGCGGCGUCGAUGUGUCAUUUUGGAACAGCAGCUUGAAAAACUGCAGAUGGAUCCGGGGAGGAACACAAGUACACAGAAACCUCCCCUGAGGAGCAAAACAGGCCAGUCUGCAAGUCACUCAAGACUCACCUCGAAUGUGAGUGAUAGGAAGGAGCUCUCUGCAGCCCAGCUUUCCAAGUUGCCUCUGGAAUCGCAGAUAGAGGAGCUGAGCACAAGGCUUGUGAUCCAGCUGGAUGAGAACGAAGCUCUGAAGGCCGCUUUGGAGACUACUGUGAGAAAGAAAGAGGAAGACUUUAAACUGUAUCAAGACACAAUGGACCAAGUGAAGGAUAUCUUUGUACAGGCCAUUCGGCAGCAGAAACAAGAGAAGAGUUAAGCAAGAUAUUCAGAGUCCUUUGGACUGCAAAGCAGGGAGAGAGCCCAGGCAUCGUGCCCAUGAAUUGAAAUGCAGUGGCAGUGCCGUUUUGCAGCCUUGGAUCAUGUCAUUUCUUUAGCAUUUGCAGAAGAGGAUGAGAAAUGGAGAUGAAAUACAAAAAGGGUGAAGGCUUUGCAUGUCAGCAAAUUCUGUCUGUACGAGUUAGCCAGCAGCUGGCUCUCAGACUGCACAUGCCAUAAGUUGGUGCAGUUUAGGAAGCUGCAAUUCUGCAGUGUGAUUUUGGGCAAAACCUCCCUAGUUUCAAUAGAAUUUUCCUCAAGAGGCCUCGAUAUUCAAUAUGCUGCUGCCUUUAUCAGCUCAUGAAGGAAUUUGCUAUACAAAAGUUAUGCCAGCCCCCUUCCAAAAUCGUGCCAGGAACAAACUGAGUUCUGUUUUUAUCAGCACACCGAUACCUGUCUGUCUCAGGCUUUCUGUAGUACUUAAGUGCUGAGGGAGUGGAUUAGCCUGGCCUGUGAAUAUCUGCAAGUGAACUCUGCGGGGGGGGCUCCACUCACCAUUCCGACCUGUUUCUUUGCAUUGAACUCUGCUGCCAAGCAGUUUUCUGAAACUCGGUGGAUUUUCCACUGAAAAGGUAGACUGUGCAGAUUGCCCCUGCAGUCAGUCAGACCCACCGUACGUUCAGCUCAUUCCAUGCGAAACUUGCCAUCCAGGCUAUGAAUUCCCUAUUCCUGGGUCUCUGCAUUCAUCCCUCAGGCAGGGCUUGUUCUCGCUAGGAAGAAAUGCUAACAAAACACAGGCAGGUCCUCACUGCGGUAGCGACGGGACUUUUGGAGAUGCUGAAAACCCUUGCAUCUCUGUCCUUUUCUCUUGCAGCAUGGUGAGAAUACCAAGCGCAAGCUAAUAAGGCAUUAACAUGCAGCCUGCCAGCAGAGAGCUAGCCUUGGGGAUUAAAAGCAAAUGGAGAGCUAGUCAUUUUUGUAUAGUGCUGCUUUGUUUCUCGGUUGAAAGUCUUGAAAGCUCUUCUUUUCCUGCGUUGCUUUGUCAGCCUCCUUUUGUGACUGUGAAGUUUGUCAGACUUUA